UAAGUGAGGGGAAAAAAACAACAUUUGAAUAUUUUGAUCACUAAACCUGUGUUGUGUUGUGUUGUGUUGUGUUUGAGGAAUCAACUAAUACGAAUGGCUUCUGCUGCUGCUUCUUCAUGUUCUUCCCUUUCAAUGAUGUUUCUAACUCAUUCCUGUGGUGCUACUUCUUCCACCGCCCACCGCCUUCUCCCACCGGGAUGCCUCCGCCGCCGCCUCCACUGCCACCCGUUACAGAUGGGCCCCACCUAUCUCCGAUGCCUCACUUUUCACUCUUCCGCAGCCGAACCUCCUUCACCGCCCCAUGUUGUUCUUCCCCAUGCUUCCCUGACUACUGAGGCUAAUACUAAGGUGAUUGAUGGAAAAGCGGUAGCAAAGCAGAUCAGAGAUGAGAUAACGGCUGAAGUCUCCAGGAUGAAAGAAGCUAUUGGUGUGAUUCCAGGGUUAGCCGUAAUCCUUGUUGGAGAUAGAAAGGACUCGGCUACUUACGUGCGUAACAAGAAGAAAGCUUGUGAAUCUGUUGGAAUCAGUUCUUUGGAAGUACAUUUGGAGGAGGAUUCCACAGAAGAGGAAGUAUUGAAGCAUAUUGCAGGCUACAAUGAUGAUCCUUUAGUUCAUGGCAUUCUUGUUCAGUUACCUUUACCUUCUCAUAUGAAUGAGCAAAAUGUCCUGAAUGCUGUUAGAAUUGAGAAAGAUGUAGAUGGUUUUCAUCCAUUAAAUAUUGGUCGUCUUGCCAUGCGUGGUAGAGAACCGCUAUUUGUCCCCUGUACACCAAAGGGGUGCAUAGAGCUACUUCACAGACACGGCAUUUCUAUUAAAGGAAAGAGGGCCGUUGUAAUUGGUCGGAGCAAUAUCGUAGGAAUGCCAGCUGCUCUCCUGCUGCAGAGAGAAGAUGCUACUGUUACUGUCGUCCAUUCAAGAACCAAUAAUCCUGAAGAGAUCACAAAGCAGGCAGAUAUUAUCAUCUCGGCUGUUGGGCAACCAAACAUGGUUAAGGGAAGCUGGAUAAAACCUGGUGCAGUAAUUAUCGAUGUUGGAAUCAACCCAGUAGAGGAUCCGAAUAGCCCUCGAGGUUAUAGACUGGUUGGAGAUGUUUGUUAUGAAGAAGCCGUAGAAGUUGCCUCGGCUGUUACUCCUGUUCCUGGAGGAGUUGGUCCAAUGACCAUAGCAAUGCUUCUCCAGAAUACACUCAUCUCUGCAAAGAGGAUGCAUAAUUUUGAAUAAACAAGUGAAAGCAUGUAAUAUCAUUUAUUCCAUCAAUUUUUUGUUUAGGAGAUUUUGGAUUUUGUCUUACCUUUAUGGUUUAGUUGUACAUUGAAAAAAAGAAAGGGGGGAAAUGAAAGUGUUUCUUAGGAUGGUAGCAUAAAGGAUCCCCUUCCAUGUAGUUGCAUAAUGUGAAGAAAGGGAAGUCACACAGCAAUCAAUUCAUUACUCUUUAAGAAACUUGGUUGAAAUGUCAAAUCUAAUAGUAUAGGAUACAAGCAGGUGAAAAGAAAGCUCUUGUUUUCAUUAUGAGUCUUUAACUUCAUGAAUAAAUUAUAACUCAAAUGAGAAUAA